AUGUCCUUCUUUGGGAGUAAGAAAGCGCCGCCUCCACCACCGCCGCCCCCGCCGGUGCCUCGCUCUGGCGCCCAAAUCGACGCGACAACCGUCCUGUCGCUCCUGCUGUUCCUGGCUCUUAUUGGCGGCGCAUAUGGAGCGUCUGUCAAAGCCUUGCCCAGGGCCGCGACCCGGAAGACGCGCAUCCUCUUCGUCUGGCACGCCUUCGACGCCCUCAUCCACUUUGUCUUUGAAGGAUCCUUUCUCUGGAACUGCUUCUUUGUGUCGUAUUCGCUGCCGACGUCUUUCUCGGCCGCAGCCCGCAACCACCCUCACAUCACGCUCUUCACGCCUCCGGAUGUGUACUGGCUGGGCCGACAGGAUCUACUCUUCGGUGCAAACUAUGGGACGGGUCCGUUGAGUCGAUUGUGGCAAGAGUAUGCAAAGGCGGACAAGCGAUGGGGCGGGACGGAUCUGACGGUCGUGACGCUGGAGCUUCUGACGGUGUUUGUGGCCGGCCCGUUGGCAUGCUGGAUAUGCUAUCUUCUCAGCAAAGACGAAAAAAAGGGCGUGCUGAAAAAGUACUUUUGGAUGAUAGUCCUGGCCACUGCCGAGAUAUAUGGAGGCUGGAUGACAUUUGCUCCUGAAUGGCUGACCGGAAGCCCUAAUCUCGACACGAGCAACUGGAUAUAUCUCUGGCUCUACCUCACCACCUUCAACGGUCUCUGGGUCGUCGUUCCCCUCUGGAUUCUCUACGAGGCCUACCAAGCCAUGAGCUCUGCCAUGUCGCAAGCCGAGAUGGUGGAUCUCGUAAACUAUCUGAAAAAGGACGAUUAA